AUGCCACCCAAGACCAAAGCCGACGACGACGCCUCGCCAUCCGCGGGCGGCGCCGUUUCGCCCCUGCCCGAGCCCUCCUCCUCCUCGUCGAACAUCACCACCACACCGCUGCCAGGCAUACAGACACGCUCUGCGACCUCUGACGCGGGUAAGACGGUCACGAUGUCCGACCUCAUGGAAGCCCUCGGCAAGGCCCUGGCCAAACAGAAGACGGACAUCACCAAGUCGGUGAAUGCAGCCAUCCGCCCGCUCUCCGAACGCCUGACCGCCCUCGAGACGGACUCCGACCCCGCGCACUCGCCCACUGUACCGAGCGCCGUCGAACGCCGUCAAGCUGCCCAGCGCGAACUCGAAGCUGAACGUCGCCGCUUCAACGAGUCCCGCCUCGAGAUCCUGGCCCGCCACAACCUCCAGGCGACGGACGAGGAAACGGACGACCUCAAUCCCCAUGACCCCGCCACCAUUCCCUAUCGUGACAGGCCUCUUCCGCCGCACCUCAAGCCGGUCGGCCGCGACACCUCCAAUCAUGGCCGAGAAACAACCCCGGCACCAAGGUACAGCACCCGCUCGCCGGGCCCAGGCCUGGCCCGUCCGGAAAGGACUGCAUCCACGCCAGCGUUCCGCUACGACUCCGCGGCCGCGGCCGGCUACCCCAGCCGCUCAGCGCAUUUCGUCGACGAGGACGACGACGACGAGAUCGCUGCACAGCCGAGCAUACAGCCGACCCGCGCCGCCUCAGCCUCGACCAUCGCGCCCUCAUCAGGCCGCAGGUUCAACGUCAAGGCCGAGCAGAUCGGAACCUUCGACGGAGCGCCCGAGAACCUCGAUUACUUUGUCAACCGCGUCGAGAGCCUCCUCGCGCACCACGACUACGACCCAGACUACGUCUUGGCCAUCAUCGACGUGCUGCCGCUCUGCUUCAAAGACUCCGCGGCCGAAUGGUUCCAGUACAUGCCGAUAUCGCAGCGUUCCGGCAUGCGGCUGGGCUGGUACCAGUGGAAGGACGCGCUUAGCAAGGCGUUCCGCCAGGACUACGACGCCGCCCGUCUACGUGCCAGCGAGCGCGCUUGGGACUGGCAGUCGGAGCCGGCCCCGCGCUACUACUUCAACAAGCUCGCGCUGCUAAAGGCCGCCCACCCCGAGUGGCGAGAUGCCGACCUCGUCUUCGAGCUCAUGAACGGCCUGCCACCGACGCUGAAGUGCCUGAUGCGCACCAAGAUCGACUCCAACUCCACGCCGGAGGAAUUCCUCAUCCAGCUCCGCGCCCAAGAGAGCCCCUGGAAGGAAGCCGAGGCAGACCGGAUGGCGUUGAAGAAGCGUCAGCAGUCGACGCCACAGCAACUGGGGUCCGCCCCCUCUCAGCCCACGACGCCGAGACGAUCACCGCCCUCGUCGCAGUCGUCCAACGCCUCCCCGUCGUCGGUCGCACGCCAGUCCAUCAUGCUCGACUACGACCCAAAGAACGUCUUUUACAAGAGCGUCGGAGGCAAGCAGACACGUCACUACCGCCUCCCACAGUCUGGCCGCGAGGUGCAACUCAAGUGGCCGUGCAAGAGGUGCGGAGAAGAUCACUUCGACUUCGAGCACGUCCAGCUCACGAGGCCCACCACGCCGGGAGAGCGAGCGGCCGCAGAGAUCCGCGCGAUGAAGGCAUACGGAUUCAACCUCCUCAGCGUAGACGACGACGAGGAAACGGAGCCCAGCACGAGUGACCACGACCUCACCGCGUCGGACGAGGGGGGCGACGAGACCGCGAAGUCUCUAAACUAG